AUGGAACGUAAGCAAGGGCCACACGAAACCUUUAGCGAUUAUGUCUCGGAUAUGCAUAACCUGCAUUUCAAGCUCAAGCACAAAAUCGCUGAAGAUGAAUUCGUGGAGCUCUUAAAGGAUAACAUGAACUCCCAGAUGGGGGGAUUACUACUAACAUCCCCAAUCACCUCAUUAGCGGAGCUCAAACGAGAGGGUCUCAGAGUUGAUCGCUGGCUGAGAAACACAGGAAGGAACAUGCGCAGCCGAGCUGCAAUUAACGAAAUAGAGGAAUUCCAGACACUGGAGGACUUGCCGGACGCGGUCACGGUGGAAGAAUUCAACCGGCAGCGGAAAGAUGCGCGAGGGCGUUACGAGGAUGGACAAGGAUGCCGAGGCCCAUUACACGCGCUGGUGUGUUAUAAGUGUGGCAAAGGAGCAGACUUCUACAGGAAGCAUCCUUCGAAGGAAGAAUCCUGCCCUAUCAAAUUCCACGAUGCCACCUGCAGCGGUUUUUGCGCGGAGUCCGUCAGGCAAGACCGGGACAGCCGGGCGGACCAGGACCAACCCUUUCCGGUAAACACACGGAAGCCCAACCAAAUCUCCCCUCAUAAGAGCCUAGAACAACGAGAGAGGGAGUACGAACAUGCUCGUGAACGUAUCUUCAAUGACUCGGAAGAUGCAGACAGCAAGACACGGACAACGCGAAAAAUACUAAGAUUAUAUGAUGCCCGAGCAGACUACCGCCGGCUCAAGCAAAAGGUGGUGGACACAGUAGUGAGCGUGCAAAAUGACAACCGUUUCUUUGCCAAAACGAAGGUCGAUGGAGAAGAGAUACUCGCAUUACUGGACACAGGCGCCAGUGCGAACUGUAUUGGCAGAGGAGCACACGCUUUCUUGGAAAACCGGACGCGGCCGAUAAGGAAGCUAAGCGAAGAAUGCGUACGCACAGCAAGCGGUGGUGAGACCCAAGUAACCGGAGCCAUAACGUUACCCGUGGAAUGGGAAGGAGAAACCAAGGACCUAGAGUUUUUGAUAGUGCCAGGUCUGACACAACGAUUUUAUUUCGGAAUUAAUUUCUGGGAUACGUUCGGCCUCACAUUCCUCGGUAAAGGUAGACGCGAGGUUGCCGCCGUCGAAACAACUCCGGAUUUCGACCUUAUGACCGGCGACCUAGACAUGAACAAUACGCUCAAGCCCGAGACCGCCUAUACCCCACAUCAGCUUACCCCAGAACAACAUUGUAAGCUGCAGCAAGUGAUAGACACAUACCCGUCUUGUCUAGAAAAAGGAUUAGGAAAGACCAGUUUAGAGCAACAUAUAAUUGAAGUGACCAACGAGGACUUACCAAUCAAGCAGCGACAUUACCCGAUAUCCCCAGCCAAACAGAAGCUGGUGUACGCCGAGCUAGAUCGCAUGUUAGGCGGUGGACGAAAAUUUAGGUAAAAGUCCAGACCUUCAAACAUCAGAAGGCUAUGUAUAUAAACGGAUGGGAUUCUGCCUAAACGACGCUGUGGAUGAAGCCCGAGCAUGGAAGCUCUGGGUUCCCGCCGAGCUGCGUCCUGAUUUAGUCUGGAGAGCACAUCAUGCCAUAACCGCAGGGCAUGGGGGGUUGCACAAAUCACUAGCCAAAUUGAGACAGUUUUACUAUUGGCCAGGCAUGGCUGUAGACGUCCAAAAAGUAGUGAAGGAAUGCGAGGUCUGUAAGAUCACCAAGACCGCCAACAAAAAUGACCGACCACCCAUGGGAGAACAGCGGGUUACGGAGCGGGCUGGCCAAAGGUUGUUCAUCGACUUUAUGGGACCAUACCCGAGGACCAAAGCUGGGAACUCGGUGAUUUUCGUAUGCCUAGACCAUUUCUCCAAAUUUGUCUGGCUACAGCCGAUGAGACAUGCAGUAGCUGCAGAAGUCAUCAAAUUCCUUGAGACCAAAAUUUUCCACCAAUUUGGAGUCCCCGAGUUUGUACACUCAGACAACGGCAAACAGUUUGUGUCUCAAAUUUUUGGCGAGCUAAUGACCCGCUACGGUAUUCGACACGUAAA